GUUGAUUCUGCUAACUAGAAUUUGAUUGGUUCUAUACUUGGUUUUGAUAUUAGUUCUUCUUUUGUUUUCUUACUAUAGAAAGGUUGAACGCUAAGGUUUAUAUCUAGCUUUAUGUUUGAGAUAACAUAACAUAUAAGAAAAUCUAGGUUUCUUUUUUAUUGGUUCUUUUUAGUUAUAUAUAACAUUAGGAUUCAUUUUGACAUAAUUAUAAAAGAAUGGAAUAUAAUUUGCUCUAAGUCAGUUCCUAGUACUACCCCCUUUCCACCCCUCCCCCAUCCCUUGUUUGCUUUCCCUCUACUCCACUGAUCUUUCUGCUAUCUAAUUUUAGUUUCGGUUGUUGUUGUUUUGUUGUUUAGUGUCUGGUGGCUAUACAUGAUGGUGAGGUUCACUGUGGUAUAUUCAUAUGUGUACAGAGGAAAAUUAAGUCAGAUUCAUUCUAUUACUUUUCCCUUAUGCAUCUCUUUUCAUCUAGCCUUUCAUAUAGCCCAUCAAUCUUUCUUUCUAUUUAAUGGAAUUUCUUCCUACUUUUCCCUUUCUCUCUCACUCUCUCUCUAUUUCAGACUAGCUUCCACAUAUCAGAGAAAACAUUCAACCUUUGAUUUUCUGAGUCUGGUGUGUUUCGUUUAGCAUGAGAGAGUCUCCAGUUUGGUCCAUUUACCAGCAAAUGCCAUAAUUCAUUCUUCUUUAUGGCUGAGUAAUACACCAUUGUGUGUGUGUGUGUGCGCGUGUGUGUGUUUGUGUGUAUGUAUCAGAGUUGAAGUGUCAGAAGUUUAGAUCUAUCACCUUAACCCUGAGUAUAUACCCCAAAGAAUCAAGGACAUAUUCUAUUUGUACACAAAAAUAUUUACACACUAAUUUUAUGGCAACAUUAUUAAUAGCCAAAGAUGAAAUAAACUGAUAUGUCCACAAUUUAAUAAAUAAUGAACAAAUGCAGUAUAUCCAUAAAUGGAAUAUCAUUUCCUCCUAAAAGAGGGAAUGAAGAACUGAUAGAUGCUAUAAAAUGGGUGAAUGUUUAAAAUGUUAUGCUAAUAGAAAGAAAUCAGAUACAAAAAGCCACAUUUUAUCCAUUUCUAUGAACUAUCCUGAAAAGACAAGUCCAUAAAGACAUAAGAUAUUAGUGAAUUCCUAAAGGAAGGACAGAAACGGAACAACUGUAAAUGGGCACAAGGAAUCAUUUUGAAAUGAUAAAAAUGUUCUAAAAUUGUGCUACGUCAAUACUGUAGUACUCCGAAUAUAUACGGAAAUUAUUUAAUUUCUACACUUUAAAAGCAUGAAUUUUCUGUAUGAAUUAUAUGUCAAUAGGACUAUCAUUAAAAAUACCAACAGUCUAGGUCUCUUCAAGACAUCAUCCCAAACUUUUUGAUACUUUUUUUAAAGAUGAAGCAGUGGCAGUUUUUCACAUUGCAGAAAGAUUGACAUUUUAAAAAAAUGCCUCGUUCACACAGUAUUUCAUUUGAAAUCCAAAAAAAAAAAAAAAAUCCAUGAGAUAUAUUAUCUUUUAAACUUAUAGAUAAAGAACAUUGAUGAUCCCCAAACAAUUCGCACAAUUUGCACACUCUCAUACAUCAAUAAUCACAUGGUCAAGAUUUGAACCCAGAUCUUAUGAUUGAUAAUCUCCUGCACUGGCUGUCAGGUAGCAAUCAUUGGUUUGGGCAGCUAAAAAGAUGAAAAUUAUGGAGAGUUUAUAAAAAGUAUCAGGCAUAAAAAAAUUGAAGAACUAUCUAUGCUUUUCAGGCAAAAUUAAUCCAGUUGAGGUAAGAUGAAUGUUCUGAGAACCAGAACAAAUAUACUGAUUUUAUGGCUCAACUGCUUCCAGCUUUUGCCAUCGUUAAGAAAUCAGAUACAAAAAGCCACAUUUUAUCCAAUCAAAUAAAAUCAAAUCUUUUAUUUGAUUCCUGUGCACACUUGACACAUUCCCACCAUUUUAAUACUUUUUUUUUUUGCUUUCUGUCACUUCAAAAUUUUCCAAACAUUUUCUAUCUCCCAUGCCUACACUUAGCAUUAGCCAUUUCUUCAAGGAACUCUGGUUAUAUUUAUUGAAGAACUUUAUUAGAAACCCAGGACAUCUGUGGAAGCCGGGUGUGCUCAUUACUACCUGGGAGUUAUUGUUUCUGGUUCCCUGGUUCCCUCAGCUGAAUGAAGUGGGAGAUGAAUGUGUAUAUGCAAAUCUGUCUUCAUGAACAUUUCAAAUUACAUCUCUCCAGUUUAUAUGUGUCUGCAUUGAUCUAAGCAUCAAUUCAUAGUGACAUUUCCUAUUCUUAUGCAGCACCAUAUACUUCACUAGAAAACCCCAUCAAUCAUCUAACUUCCACUUUAUGAAAUCUGCUUGCCACUAUUUACUGAACAAUAUUUGUUCUUUCCUGUUAACCUGUACCUUUAUGAGAAAUAUCUUUAUCAACUGUAAUAAAUUAUGCAAUUCAUUUUGUCUCUAAUCCUGCAUCUGUACUUAUUUCCUAAGUUCCUUAGGUCAACACCUUUCACCUCCAAGUCCUUCACUGAGAUGAUGCCAUAAGUGUCUUGAAAACUACAGAGACCUCUACAGAGCAACUUUCACUAAUAAUUACAAAUAACUAACUAUUGCUCCAAGCCUUCAGGAAACAACAAGGAUUGAAAUCAUGGUUUUAAACAUUUUAGUUAUCAUUUUCAGAUAGGAAGUUGUUAUCAUGAAGACCUGCUAGAACUGUAUCCAUGAGGCUUUAAUUUCUAGUCCUUUAUCUAAUAAUUACUACUUUUUCAGCAGAGAGAUUAUUAUACACAAGGGAGCUAUUGACAGUUUCAUAUGAAAGAUGAAAAAAAAAAAAAAACAAGAUUUAACUGCUCUUACAUCCCAACAGCUCAUCCCUGAUGAGAGGAAAUCCUGAGAGAACUUCCACCUCUAUAUUUUUAUAACAUAUAUUAUGGAUCAGAACUCUAGACAAAAAUUGAAAUCAUUCUGGUGAGUAUCUUGGGUAGUACUUUGAGGAAGCUACAAGGAGGAAUUGUGGCAUUUAAUUUAUAAUAUGUAAGUGAGCUCCUUGUAUAUUGAAAUCUGCACUUUAAUUCCCUAAGGGAAACAGAGCCGAGGAGUCUCUAUAUUGAACUGCCACCACCAAAAUCAUUAAGAGUUAGUUCCCUCAGAGCAUUUGGUCUAAAGCUAAUGUAUAACCUGGAUUCCUGUUUCCAAAUAGAGAAAGACUGAGUAUCUGAAUUCCAAUUAUUCUAUAUCCUUUUACUCUCAGAAGAGGACUUUCAUGAAGUUGAGCCCCCUUACAAUAUAACAGUGAUUUCCUGCAUCUACCUGAAAAUGAUUGUUCAUCCUUUCUGCAAAAAAUAUGAAGGCAGAAAAUUAUCUUUUUCAUAAUUCAACUCAUACAGCUUCCAGAAUUCCAAGAAGAAAAUGACACAAGGAAACCAUUCCACCACAGUGACACAAUUUAUCCUGGCUGGAUUAACAAACAAACCAGAGCUCCAGCUGCCCCUCUUUCUCUUCUUCAUAGGAAUCUACAUGUUCACUGUGGUAGGGAACCUGGGCAUGGUCAUGCUGAUUGGGCUCAGCUCUCACCUGCAUACACCUAUGUACUAUUUCCUCAGCAGUCUGUCUUUCAUUGACCUCUGCCAAUCCACUGUCAUUACCCCCAAAAUGCUGGUAAACUUUGUGGUGCAGAAAAACGUCAUUUCCUACCCUGAAUGCAUGACUCAGCUCUAUUUCUUCCUAGUUUUUGUUAUAUCAGAAUGCCACAUGUUGGCUGCAAUGGCAUAUGACCACUAUGUUGCCAUCUGUAAUCCUUUGCUUUACAAUGUAACCAUGUCUUCUCAAGUCUGUUUCUGGUUGAUAGUUGGAGUGUAUAGCAUGGGAUUGAUUGGUGCCACAGUUCACACAGUCUGCAUGCUAAGAAUACUAUUCUGUAAGGUUGAUAAAAUAAACCAUUACUUCUGUGAUCUUUUCCCACUAUUAGAGCUAUCUUGCUCCAGUACUUUUGUCAAUGAGGUAGUAGUUCUGUGUUUCAGUGCAUUUAAUAUCCUUGUCCCAAUCCUGACCAUCCUCAGCUCUUACAUCUUCAUCAUAGCCAGCAUCCUGCACAUUCACUCCACUGAAGGAAGAGCCAAAGCCUUCAGUACCUGCAGCUCCCAUGUCUCAGCUGUUGCUCUCUUCUUUGGAUCUGCUGCAUUUAUGUACCUGCAGCCAUCAUCAGUUAGCUCAAUGGACCAAGGAAAAGUGUCUUCUGUGUUUUAUACUAUUAUUGUGCCCAUGCUGAACCCUGUAAUCUAUAGCUUGAGGAAUAAAGAUGUGAAACUUGCCCUAAAUAAGUUACUUGAAAAAAGAAGUAUCCCAUGAAAAAGAGUAUUUUACUUUAGCAAAAAGUUACAAUUCCUGGAGGUUUAUAUUCCUGGAAGCAGUCCAGAUAUAGCAACGUAUAUCUACAAGUCAUGAGAUUACUAUUCCUACUUGAUUUCUUGAAAGAAAGGUGUCAAAUGUAAGACUGGACUUAUGGGAUCAGACUCAUGGAGGAUAGCACCUGUUCAGGAUGCCCCAUUAUCCAUCUAUGCAGAGUAACCUGUAUCACAUCUGAACACAUUUAUAAAGCUUCAAAGUACUGACUAGGGUUGAU